AUGGCAUUGGCAGCAGCAGAGGCCAAGAAGGGGCCUCCAGUUGUGGUGGGCCUGCUGGUUGCGGGCAACGUCGCCAUCCUGCUGUCAGGCCUGGCCCUGUUUGCUGAGACGGUGUGGGUGACAGCUGACCAGUACCGCGUUUACCCACUGCUGGGCGUCUCAGGCAAGGAUGACGUCUUCGCUGGCGCCUGGAUCGCCAUCUUCUGCGGCUUCUCCUUCUUCGUGGUUGCCAGCUUCGGUGUGGGAGCAGCGCUCUGCCAUCGCCGGUCCAUGAUCCUCACGUACCUGGUGCUCAUGCUGGUUGUCUACAUCUUCGAGUGUGCGUCCUGCAUCACGUCCUACACCCACCGUGACUAUAUGGUGUCCAGCCCGUCCCUGAUCACCAAGCAGAUGCUGACCUUCUACGGCUCGGACACCGACCAGGGGCAGGAGCUCAGCCGCCUCUGGGACCGCAUCAUGCUAGAGCAAGAAUGCUGCGGCACGUCUGGUCCCAUGGACUGGGUAAACUACACUUCAGCCUUUCGUGGGGCCACUCCGGAGGAGGUUUUCCCCUGGCCCCCAGUGUGCUGUCGCCGGACAGGAAACUUCAUCCCCCUCAACAAAGAGGGCUGCCGCCUGGGCCACGUGGACUACCUGUUCACCAAGGGCUGCUUUGAGCACAUCGGCCAUGCCAUUGACAGCUACACGUGGGGCGUCUCGUGGUUUGGGUUCGCCAUCCUGAUGUGGACGCUCCCCGUGAUACUGAUAGCCAUGUAUUUCUACACUACGCUCUGAGCGACAAGAAGGGGAGGCUGUGGAUGCACCCUGGCCUUCUGCUGCCGCCUCCU